GGAAGAGGGGAAAAAAAAUAAUUUGCUCUGUGCGAUUUCUAAUCCUGGUCAUCGUCGGAUCGUCCUGAGCUACAUUAAGGUGACCGACUGGCUGACUCCACCUUCCCACUCGCGUUGGCCCUUGAACCUCUCUCACGUGACCACGCCCCUUAUUCCUUCACAUCCAAUCCCAACAUGGAGCCCAUUAAGGUCCAAUCAGAGGGUGGACUGAAUGUGACCCUCACCAUCCGGCUGCUGAUGCACGGAAAGGAGGUUGGAAGCAUCAUAGGAAAGAAAGGAGAAACGGUGAAGAAAAUGCGUGAAGACAGCGGAGCCCGCAUCAACAUCUCAGAGGGAAACUGCCCUGAGCGGAUAGUCACCAUCACCGGGCCCACAGACGCCAUCUUCAAGGCCUUUGCCAUGAUCGCCUACAAGUUUGAGGAGGAUAUAAUCAAUUCCAUGAGCAACAGUCCAGCCACCAGUAAACCACCAGUAACCCUGAGGCUCGUGGUCCCAGCCAGCCAGUGCGGCUCCCUCAUCGGGAAGGGAGGCUCCAAAAUCAAAGAAAUGAGAGAGUCCACAGGGGCUCAGGUGCAGGUUGCAGGGGACAUGCUCCCCAACUCCACCGAGAGGGCGGUGACCAUCUCCGGGGCCCCCGAGGCCAUCAUCCAGUGUGUCAAACAGAUCUGUGUGGUGAUGCUGGAGUCCCCACCGAAAGGUGCCACCAUCCCCUACCGCCCCAAGCCUGCCUCCACCCCUGUCAUUUUUUCAGGUGGCCAGGUAAGAGCAGACCCGCUGGGGGCGUCCACAGCCAACCUCAGCCUCUUACUGCAGCACCAGCCACUGCCUGCUUAUACCAUUCAAGGACAGUACGCCAUCCCUCAUCCUGACUUGAGCAAGCUCCACCAGUUGGCUAUGCAGCAAACCCCCUUUAACCCCCUCGGACAGACCACCCCUGCCUUCCCCGCAGCAGGUAUGGAUGCCAGUAACCAGGCCAGUACUCAUGAACUCACCAUUCCCAAUGAUCUAAUAGGCUGCAUAAUCGGACGCCAGGGAACCAAAAUCAACGAGAUCCGUCAGAUGUCUGGGGCGCAGAUCAAAAUUGCUAAUGCCAUGGAGGGGUCAUCGGAGCGCCAGAUCACCAUCACAGGGUCCCCCGCCAACAUCAGCCUGGCCCAGUACCUCAUCAACGCAAGGUUCAGAGACGUGGCGGCCAUGUGGAACGACCCAUCUUCCAUGACCACAUCCUGAGACCCCUGACUGGCUCCUCCGUUUGGCCCCUUCCAACGACUGACCACCGCAGACAACCCUGAUGCUGCCCUCCGGACUCUGGCUCUGGCUCCCCGAAAAAAAAGACCCGACCACCUUCCCCGCCCUGGUUCAAAGCUGUUUAUACAUCGGGGAGGGUUCGGUGCUCACUUAUAUUUCAGAGAGCCACAUAUUAAAUCAUAAAAAAACUAAAAAAAGAAUUACAAAAAAGGAAAUCUCUGUUGAUUAGUAUUUUGUUUUAUUUUUUAGAGAACUGUUGAAGCAUGUUGAAUGUUUAUUAGGAACAACUUGUGUUCAUCUUUCUUUUUCUAUCUAUUGCUUUACUUCUUUCUCUCUGUCAGUGCUGCGUCAUAGAACAUUUUAAAGUAUCAGACGUGCUCGUAAAAAGAUUGAACUUUUUUUUGUAGAAACGUAGAUAUUUGCAUAUUACAGCUGCUCAGUGAUGCUAUCGGCAGAGUGUGUGGUGGGAUGUAGCCAAAUUAUCAAAUUCUGAUAAUAUAUUUUGGAAAAAAAGCAACAAUUGGAUUUAUCUGCGUUUGUCCUAAUUUGCAUCUUUGUCUACUCACGAUUCCAAUCUCUACCCAUGACUCUUUGCUGCAUCACAUGACCCUUUUAAGCCAAUGGUAUCACUCCUAGAGCCUCCCUUCUCGUGUUCAUCUCCUAUAUUUACAUUAUUGCUUAUAUUGCAUGUGUUCAGUGUCGUAUCAUUGUGUAUUUGAGGAAGCCUGUUCAGUGUACACGUUCCUUCAGACGUUAUUAUUAUAUCUUUGUGCUCCCGUUCUUUUCCCCGAACUUUUUCAGCUUUUCUGUCCACUCACGUCGAGUCCUACUUUCUGCCCAGACGAGAAACUUUCCGCCAUAGCCUCCUUCUAUCAACACCGAUUAUUAGUGUAUAGAUGCAUGAAUGGGAAUUAGUGACUAAUCAGUGGCGUAAACACUGACUGAAAAUUUAAAAUGAUUGUUUACUAACGUAUAAUAAUACUGUAUUUGUUUUGUACAAGGACUCUUGUGACUUAGCACAUUAGUCGACUACGCGGCGCUCAUGCAAUAGACUAUUCAACACUUUACUCUGGACUGCCUCUGAUGUGGGAGGAACUAGUUGGACCUAAAAACCAAGUGUUGCGUCCAAACCUUUUCAGCUUCCUUCCCUUGUGCCGGCAGCUGUUCUCUAGGUUGCCUCAGGAUCUGGGUCCUCGUGGAAGCUUUGGAGGGAAAAGCCAAAAACAAGGGAGCGAAGCCGAAUCUCACGGCGAAGCAGCCCGAGCGUUUGGACGAAGCCGAGUGGUAUUUUUUGGGCCAAAGGAAUGUUCAGGGGUUCAUUGGGGGGGAACCCACAGGGUCUGGGCGGACGUGACCACUCAGUCUCUUUUUCACGAUUGUUCAUCUUGUCAUGUUCUUUUCGUUGUCAUGCGGUUGAUUUGACGCUUUACGUUUGAAUGUCUUUUUAUUGUUGCAACUGUGUCAGCAGCUUAAUUGUUUUUCUUUAAAAAAAGGACAGGUUGGAUGACAAUUUCCUGCUUCACUGGGUCUCAGUAGAACCAGCAUGUAUUUAUUUAUGGUGUGGUGAUGCACAUUUGACUUUUUGUUGAUCAUGAAACUUAAGCUAAGUUAGUUUUGUCGUAGUGUGGUUCAUUUGAGAGGGAGGGGGGGGGGUGGAGUUCUACUCAUGACAAUGCUCUAAAUAAUAUUGGACGGCUUGACUCAUCUCAUUCACGAGCUUCAGCUGAGCUCAAUUCAGCGUUGACGCGUACAAACAGCUGUUGAAUGUUAUUGUCGAAUCACAUUAUCUACUGUCCCACAAUGCAACAUUCUUUCUUCACACACAACACUUCUUUUGUUUUAGUUCCAGGAGCCGACACUGAGCCUGAAGGAGAACUUUGACAUUUUGGGAGAUUCAGAUUUGGAUAGAGCUCUGACUUGACUUCGCAUUAAAAAAACUGGAAUCGAAAUUUGUCCAAAAUGUCUAAUUUGUCUUUUACGGCGCUGAUGGCACAAACGUGAUCAUGUAAAUGGACCAAAUGCUGUAUCAGUAUACUGAACGGUGCAUAGUCAGCGAUUAUUCUGCAAUAAUUCUUACAUUUCGAUGUGAACUCAAAUAGUAGUGCUAGCAUUCAUCAUAUUAUGGAUUUGUGUUUCUUUUUAUGUUUGACUCGUCAUAGCUUGUACUUCGAUGGGAAUGUUAGUCGAAUCCAAAAUCUUAAAAUUUGGGUUUUUUCUGGCAAACUUUUUAGCUUUGAAACCGUUAGCUGGAACCUGAGAGAUAGAAGUAAAGAA